AUGAAAGGCUCUGAAAGAAUCUAUGCUGCUCUUUUACUUGUGUGCCUCUUUUACAUUCUAGUGUCUAGUCCAGUAUUGAAGCACGCCGAGUUCAUUAUCAGGCCUGCCUGGAAGGCCCCUACGACCGGCGACGUUAGCGAAUCUUCAGACCUUGCAGUUGACGAGACCGUCCCAGUGGAGGCAGAAUCGUUCGUUCCUUUCGGCUAUGACAUGGAAGGGAAAGCAUCUCCUACUUUUAACCUGGGGUUUGGAGAAGAAAAAGUUGAUUUGGUAUCAUCCCCUACAUUGGCAGAUGUAGAUGAAUCGAGAAUGGCUAUGACAGGGCCGUACAUCAGUGCGAUCAUGAACCCAAGGGAUACACAUUUCGAUCGGCUUCAAUGCCCACGUCCUCUGAAAAGUCGUUACAAGAUGCUCCGGCCGAAAGGGAGUCUCCCUGACAAGACUCAGCAACCACCGAGACGGUACUUUUUUGCUCUCAAUCUGUAUCAAUGUGCUUAUGUGCUCCCGCGCCUUCUUGGCUCGGUUGUCGAAGCGAUGCGCUUUCUCGGCCCUGAAGACUGCGUCUUAUCGAUCGUCGGCGGCCGCUCCGAUGAUGGUACUACCGAGAUACUGGUCGCAUUAAAGAAUGAGGUCGAAGCUUUGAAUGCAACCUACUAUUUCGGGACGAGCGAUAUCGACCCCUUGCAAAAUGGUAAUGACCGAGUUACCGAGCUCGCGAAGCUUCGCAAUCUGGCGCUGGGCCCGCUCCUUACUCAACAGGACUCGUAUGCAAAAGAUACCUCUGUGAUUUUCUUGAACGACGUGUCGAUCUGCACAGAUGACAUCUUGGAACUCAUUUAUCAGAAGCAACAUCAGCGGGCGGAUAUGGUAUGUGCCAUGGACUGGAACAACCACGGAGCCACAUUUUACGACUCUUGGAUAGGUCGCAGCAUGAAUGGUGACUUAUUUGUGGAGAUUCCUCAGAGUGGAUCAUUCGAAUUCUCCCACAAUCUGUUCUGGAAUGAUCCGAAGGCUCGGUCUCGUAUUGAUGACAAGUUACCUCUGCAAGUCUUUGCCUGCUGGAACGGAGCCGCGGUUUUCAAGGCCGAGCCUUUACUGUUACAUAACAUCAGGUUUCGGGCUGCAUAUAAAGGCGAAUGCUAUGCGGGGGAACCGACGUUAUUCUGCAAAGACCUGUGGACUCUUGGAUACAGCCGGAUUGCGGUGAUCCCUAGCGUCAAUGUUGGAUACAACGAUGAACAAUCGCGAGCGGUAAAGGAGAAGCACGGCUACGCCUCGGGAAAUAUCCAACAGACGGAACACGAUCUGGGGCUGUCGACCGGAAUCGAAUGGAAGAAAUCACCUCCUGAGCUCGUCAAGUGUCAACCAGAUUGGACUCAUUCUUCGUGGGCACCGUGGGAUGAAGCGGUAGGAGAACACGUCCCCUUCGACUGGUCUAGGUCCGGAUAUUUCAACGCCAAAAGGCCUUUUGAUAAGGAGCUUGAAUUCGAAAAUGACGGAAAAGAUGAGACUGGGCAUUGGGCGGUUGAAACGAUGGCUACAGCGUCGCCAAAGUUACAGCGACGGAAGUGA